GAUGGAAUAAGAUAAGCUUCCUUACAUUUAUGAAUGGAGAGGUGCAUAAAUAGAUUUUACAUAUGAAAUGUUGAUUCUGGACACAAUGAAUAAAACAAACACAUGAAAUCAGAUGACAAUCAAUAUGGCAACAGUAUGGUUGGUCAGAAGAUUCAUGUUACAUUAAGCAAAACAGUUAGACAGUGAUCUAGUUGAACCAUGGAGCAAUAAAUGAGGAGAUAUAUAUACUUACUAUUAAACUCACUGCAUGAUGCAGGGAAGAUUUAGAAAGGGGAGUGGAAUAUAAGAGGAACGAUUAGAUU